GUAUUAUUUAUUGGUUGGUUAUUAUUAUCCCCGCUAUGCGUGCCAUAAUCUGACACCGAUCUCUGCCACCCUUUUGCAUUUGCAUGCCCUUCUUCCUAUUUCUGAUUUUUUUUUCUUUAAUAAUUCAAGGAAACUGGGUUGUUUGAAGAUUUGGAUUUGUUGUUGAAAAGUUGAGCACUUUUUUGUGUCACAAGUUUGAUUUUUUGGGUAUUGAGAAGGUUGUGAAUUAUUUUUUAUAAUUCUUCUUUUUUUGCGGUGUUUCAAUGGGGUGUGUGAUUGAUGGGCGUUUCACUGUUGAGAUUCAAAAUGGAGUGAGCAAUGGUUGUGGUGAAGUGGGUUUGUGGAAUGAUGGUGGUGGUGCCAUUGAGGAUGCUGUGAAGGUUUUGUUGGAGGGUCUAGGGGAAGAUGUGAACAGGGAAGGCCUUAGAAAGACACCACUUCGUGUAGCCAAGGCCCUUCAUGAAGGAACCAGAGGUUACAGACAAAAGGUGAACGACAUUGUUCAAGGUGCUUUAUUCCCUGAAGCUGGUCUAGAUAAUAGAGUUGGUCAUGCAGGUGGAGCAGGUGGACUUGUGAUUGUUCGAGAUCUUGACUUGUUUUCCUAUUGCGAGUCCUGCUUGCUUCCAUUCCCGGUCAAGUGUCAUGUGGGUUAUGUCCCCUCUGGUGAAAGAGUUGUUGGUUUAAGCAAGCUCUCUCGUGUUGCUGAUGUAUUUGCAAAGCGACUUCAAGAGCCUCAGCGUCUGGCAGAUGAGGUGUGUUCUGCUUUACAUCAGGGAAUAAGGCCAGCAGGUGUUGCUAUCAUACUUCAAUGUUCACAUAUCCACUUUCCAGACAUAGAAUCAGUCUUUCUUGACUCAAAUUAUCAAGGGUGGGUGAAGAUACUUGUUUCUUCAGGUUCUGGGGUUUUUGAGAACAAAAAUGCAGAUGUAUGGGCUGAUUUCUUUGGUCUUCUUAAAUUUAGAGGCAUCAAUAUGGAUAAAAUUCAUUUUAGAGGAUCAUCUGAUCCAUGCUGGUGUCCUUCUCAGUCUUCUCUCUCUGCCAAAGUUUCCUCCAAAAUAGGACCAGUCAAUCCUGUAAUGGUUACUGCAGUAGCUUCAGUUAUUGAAUCUUUGGGAGAAAAUCCUUUGAGGAAGGAGCUUAUAGGGACUCCAACUAGAUUUGUGAAAUGGUUGAUGAACUUUCAAAAGAGUAACUUUAAUAUCAAGUUGAAUGGUUUUCUUUGUGAUGGGAUAGAUUCUUUAAAUGUCAAUGAGGAUGUUAACAUCAACAAAAAAAUAACCUCUGAGUUGAACAUACCUUUUUGGUCACAAUGUGAGCAUCAUUUGCUUCCUUUUCAUGGUGUUGUUCACAUAGGAUACCUUAUGUCUGACGGAUUCAAUCCUAUCUUAAAAUCGCUUUUACAAUCAAUUGUACAUUUUUAUGGUUUCAAGCUCCAAGUUCAGGAAAGGCUUACCAGGCAGAUAGCUGAAACCAUUGCCCCACUGUUAGGUGGAGAUGUGAUAGUAGUUGUAGAGGCAAGCCACACGUGUAUGAUUUCGAGGGGAAUUGAGAAGUUUGGAAGUAGUACGGCUACUAUUGGUGUGUUAGGACAUUUUUCAACCGACCCUACUGCAAGGGCAUCAUUCUUGAAGAGUAUUCCAUAUCCUACAUCAUCUGGGGAGCAAUGACUUGUGUUUGAGCUCACUUUAAAUAAUUUAGCACUAUUUCAGGUCAUUCUCUCCACUUUGUAAUUUCAGCGUCAGCAGUUCAGCUACCUAAGCAUGGAUAAAUUCAGAAGAUAUCCUUUCCAUGGAUAAUCUUAUGCUUUUCAGUUCCUCGAAUUUUUGUUUCAGUGUCAGAUUUAUGGUCAGAAUUUGUUUGAUGAUUGAUAAUAACAUCAUUAUCUUUCUGUCUUUCUGAGUCUUUUGCAUGAUCCCUUAAGAAUAAUAGAGGGUAUUUGUCCAGUCCAGAUUUACAUAAUGGUAGACUCUUCCCCUAGAAUGUUAACCAUCUACCCUUAAAGUUAUUCUUGAUGUUCACAAAGGGCAGGGUUUAAACUGGUUGCUCUGCAUGCAAAUGCUUUGGUGCUUUCAGGCUGUUGAUUUGCAGAUAGAUUCUGAAGCUGUUUUUUUUUAUGUUCUGAAGAUAAUGUUAUGGGGUGGAGAAUAAUUCUAAGAGAUUCGGAGGUUGGUCAAUUCUGGCUAGAGGAUAAGGAUUUCUCAUAUAUAUCGAGAAGGAAAUGCUUGUGUGGAUGCUUUGGCCAAUUUGUCUUAUGGCUUGCAGUCGGGGUUUUAUGAUGUAUGAGCAAUCUCCUGCUCUCAGUCAGCUGUUGCUUGCUGACAGUAGAGGAGUUGCUUCUCCUUGCACUAUUUAUGUCGUAGUGUUCUUUUGCCCCGUUUAAUACAAAAAAAAAAGGCUUUGGUGUGAUUC